AUGGCGGAGCUCGGUAAGAAGUACUGCGUGUACUGCCUGGCCGAGGUGAGCCCGCUGCGCUUCCGCUGCACCGAGUGCCAGGACAUCGAGCUGUGCCCCGAGUGCUUCUCGGCUGGCGCUGAGAUCGGCCACCACCGCCGCUACCACGGCUACCAGCUGGUGGACGGCGGGCGCUUCACGUUGUGGGGGCCCGAGGCCGAGGGCGGCUGGACCAGCCGCGAGGAGCAGCUGCUGCUGGAUGCCAUCGAGCAGUUUGGCUUCGGAAACUGGGAAGACAUGGCUGCUCACGUUGGAGCUUCCCGGACUCCCCAGGAAGUGAUGGAGCAUUACGUAAGCAUGUACAUCCACGGCAACCUGGGGAAGGCCUGCAUCCCUGACACCAUCCCCAACCGGGUGACAGACCACACCUGCCCCAGUGGAGGCCCCCUCUCCCCCAGCCUCACCACCCCCUUGCCUCCCCUAGACAUCUCGGUGGCCGAGCAGCAGCAGCUGGGCUACAUGCCGCUGCGGGACGACUAUGAGAUUGAGUACGACCAGGACGCCGAGACGCUCAUCAGUGGGCUCUCGGUCAACUACGACGACGACGACGUGGAGAUUGAGCUGAAGCGCGCCCACGUGGACAUGUACGUGCGGAAGCUCAGGGAGAGGCAGCGGCGCAAGAACAUCGCCCGCGACUACAACCUGGUGCCGGCCUUCCUGGGGAAGGACAAGAAGGACAGGGAGAAGACGGCCAAGCGCAAGAUCACCAAAGAGGAGCGGGAGCUCCGCCUGAAGCUGAGGCCGCUCUACCAGUUCAUGUCCUGCAAGGAGUUCGAUGACCUGUUUGAGAACAUGCACAAGGAGAAGAUGCUGCGCGCCAAGAUCCGGGAGCUGCAGCGCUACCGGCGGAAUGGGAUCACCAAGAUGGAGGAGUCGGCUGAGUACGAGGCGGCGCGGCACAAGCGGGAGAAGCGGAAGGAGAACCGGGGCUCGGCGGGCGCCAAGCGUGGGCGGGAGGACGCCAAGGACGGCGAGUUCGCCGCCAUCGAGCACCUGCCGGGCUUUGAGCUGCUGUCCGACCGCGAGAAGGCGCUCUGCAGCUCGCUCAACCUGAGCCCCGCGCGCUACGUGACCGCCAAGACCAUCAUCAUCAAAGACCACCUCCAGAAGCGACAGGGCAUUCCCUCCAAGAGCCGCCUGCCGAGCUACUUGGACAAGGUCCUAAAGAAAAGGAUUUUGAAUUUCCUCACGGAGAGCGGCUGGAUAUCCAGGGAUGCUUCCUGAGGCCCGUGCCCCGAAAACUGCCGCCGUUCUCGCCCUCGUCGGACGGCGGGGUGGGGCAGGAGCCGCUUUUCCCCCUCGUUGUUCUUUUUCUCAGCAGUUUCUUUUUUUAGGAUACAAAUUCUUUUCAUGGUCCUCUGAAAGAAGCAAUAGUAACAAUCUUAGAUCAUGGGGGAAACAAAUACACGUACAUUGUACCUUAGCCCUAAAAGUAAUGUGAAGAGGACCGUCUGCCUUUUUGUGUUCGGUGUGGAGACCGUGACGAGGCCGCCCGUUGCCUUCUGUGAGCCCUUCCCUUCGUGCACCGUGGGUGCUGGCCCGCCGGCUGCCGGCCUCCCCCGGUGGCCCGGGCUCCGGCCCAGCCCCGGCACGUGGCACUUUAGAUGGGGCCGGCGGGCGGGCGGGCAGGCAGCGAGGCCAGAGGAGGACGGGAUGAGGUGUCCUUGGAACCUGAGGAGGAGGUUGGUGGUGAACGCAAUGACCAAAUGAGCUUCCCCUUACCUGUUGGCAGGGCCGAGUUUGAGCCUGCAGUUCCCGGUCCCUGAACGCGCCCUUGGCCUGGUGCCCUCUGGCCGGGCCCCAGCUGGCUCCGUUUGGGAGCGGACAGGGCGGGCCUUCGGCAGCGCCCCCUGGCGCAGAGAGGGAGACGCGGGGGAGCCGCGCUGCAGGAGGACGGCCCCACUGCCAGGACCCCGAGCCCUUCCUGGGGCAGCUGCGGGUGUGUCCUGCGCGCGCAGGGCCUCGUUUCAGAGCCCCCGGCGGAGAGCCCUGCCUUCCGGGGGAGCGUCUCCCAGGACUUUGAUCACAGUCCCCAGGGCCCUGGUCACUGAAACCCUGCCCGGGGCAGCCUGGCGAAGCGUCCUCACUUCAGGGGGCCCCGGGCGCUCUGCAGGUCAGCCAGGCGAGACGGGGCAGCCUGUGCGUCCUGGCUGGGGCCUGCGGCCGUGUGCCUGGUCCCCAGGUCACAGCGGUGAACCAGACUCGGACGCAGCCCCGCCCGGCCCUAGUUUUUCAGGGGCCCGCUCCCAUGGUACCUUCCUUUGGAACGUGGGUCAGCCCUGUGUCUCCCGGGCUGCUCAGGGCUCUCGCGCCCAGGACCCGCUUGAGAGCUGGCGGUGGCUGCAGAGCCGGCCGCUGCUCCCGGCCCUUGGCCUGCCUCCCCGCCUGCAGUUCCCCACACUGUACCUCCCGGGGUGUUUGCGCUUGAAGUCACAUUAAAGUGAAGUCACUUGAAAGAAAAAAAGGAGACCCUCAUCAUUUCCAAGGACAACUUAAUUACGGUGCCUUUUCCUUUCUUUUUACAUCUUUCUGUCCCCUAGGGUAAAUUUUUCAGCAUUAAAUAAAACAUUUCAAAU